AUGUCAGCCCAAGGCGCCUUCCACCGCCUGCUCUCCUUCUUCGCAGCCCGCUCCUCCCGCCCAAACACCUCGACAAUAACCUUCAUGGACUCACUCCGCGGCGACCUCUCUCUCGGCCUCAACUUCCCCGUUGCAGUCUUCCUAGCCACAAUCCGACACCUCGUGUUCCGCAACACCGGGUUCUGGUCCUUGACCAUCUACGUUCCCACCGUACGCACAAGUCGCAAAUUGCUGGGAGGGCCUUCUGCAUGCAAAGACUUGGACGAGAGUAAAAGGUAUGGGUGUGGGGAAUUGGUGACAUUGGCAAAGGAAGACGGUGUCGUUGCGCAGGCUGAUGCGGUGGGGUUGUGGAUGAUUGCUGCGGAAAAGGAUGGCAAAGUUAAAGGAGAAGAGGUGAGGAUGUUUCAGAAGGGUGAGAUUAUGGAGAGGAUUGCUUCUCGCAGAAGGGGCAUGGAUAAUGUGUUGCCGUUUUGGAGGGGUGGGCCUUUGAUGNUGAGUUUUUUCUCUUUUGCUGUUGGUGUUGGUUUUGAUGCUGAUGUUUUGGAUAGUCCUUUUGCUCAUUCGUGGGCUGUCAAGAAGGCCUUUGAUGUUGAAGUUUAUGAUGGGCAUAAGAGAGCUUGA